AUGCGCACGCGGGCCCUCAGUACCUUUGAACUUCCACGGUAUACCUUCCGUAUACCUCUUACAUGCAUCCAUGGAUGGCCGCCACUGGCAAUGAUCCUCGAUGCGAACGAACCUUUGCUGAAGUUGCCUAGGUACUGGAAAGUAGGGCCGAAUGACAACAGUGCAGUGUUUAUCCGUCACAGACCGAGCUGGAUAUUGAAGUUUGCCGUGUCCAAUUCUGGAAAUUGGGUCUCUCUCUUUCGGGAGGUUGGAAGCGUGGCCUGGAUUGAAACGUACCCAACCUCGGUCAAUCUUUGGCAAUUAAACCAAGGCAUUCGGUUUAAGGUUGGGUUCCAUUUUCGGGAGCCAUGUGGUCCAUAUUCGUUUCCUAACGAGCAACUUGAUAAGGUAGGGGCUUUCCCCCUUCAGUUUCAAGAGGUAGAGAUUCAGGGCGAAGGCAUUUAA